GCUAAACGGAAGCGUGACCACUAUAGAUGCUGCGCGGCAUGAAUUACUUAUUAGGUUUCAAUAGAGAUAAGCCAUUGCUAUCUUUCAGCCUUCCCUAAGCCUUCUGAGACAUCAUGAUUAACCGACCCUAUGCGUCCGGCCUAAAGGAGUUUGUUUUCGUAGUAUGAGCACUACAAUUCAAAUUAUUGACAUGGUGAAGGAUAAUGAUCAGGCGCGGAGCUGUUCCUAUACUUGUAGCUGUCCUCAUACUGUGCUCGCUGUAUCCGAGCCCAUCCGUCUGUCAGAAACAAUAUAAACGACCUAUCGUACUGUCUCGAUCGUCGAACUGGAGCAGUCUCUUGACCCAGCCCUCAGCUUUUGUCUCCAAAGUCCGUACAAGGCUGCGCAAGCAGUCAGAAGGUUAUACGUCUAGCCCAGCAUGUGACAGUUACGUCGGCCCAGGAUACCUAGAGUACAUACGGAACAGCAAGUUAGAAAUAUGCCGGCCAGGCAGCGCAUCGAAGAAGUGGCGGCAGGGGGAAAGCUUAUCAUGUACAACCCCGCAGAACUGUGGCUCCGCAGUAGAGUGCUACACCGCACCCUUUGUCAGGACUGGAAACGCCUCAAAGGCGUCCAUAUCCCUUUGCCACAGCACCAACCUAGUCCUCGACAGCUGCGGCUUCUUGUCGGGACGACGAAAAGGUACCCUGGCCAAGAAAUUCCCGCUGCCAGCGCCAGGGUCGGUCAAGCUGGCCUGUCAGCUGACCGUGACCAACGCCACGCAGCUGGCGCAGGAGGAACCGCAGCUGCACUGGCUUGACUCCAUCCACCACGAUGUGUGGUGGGCCAACGCAACGCGGGACGAUGCCGCGGUGCGCAACGCCUGCGCGCCCGGCUCACCCAGACUGGUGACCACCCCCACGCUGUUCGUGAUGCGCGACCGCCACGCCAACUACGCACACGAGCUGGAGGUGGUCUCCAUGGUUUUCUCCUUCCUUGCCGCGCUGGAGCCGCAGGACGUGGCGAAGCGGGGGAUACAGGUGGUCAUUACCGACAUGGCGCCCCCCACCGGCUUCCUGGAGACCUGGGCGCGCAUCUCGCAUCCGCACCGCCUGCGCAUCCUGGCGCGGGAGCCCUUCCCGCCAGGCACCUGCUUCCGCUCCGCCUACCACGUCUACACCUUCGCCGCCGGCAUCGGCUACAACACCAACCCCGACACGGUCAGCUGUGAGAGCCCCGUGACGACUGGCCUCAGCCACUGGUUACGGCAACUGUACGACGAGGCUGACCCCGGGGCGAGGUGGCAGACGGCGUCGACGACGGCGGCAACAGCGGCGGCGGCGGCGGGGCCGGCCGCUGCAGCCGCCGGUGUGCGGGGGCUGAAGCAGCCGACGGGCGGUAUUGUGAUGAAGAAUGUUGUGUGGCUGAGCAGGAGGAACCUGGAGAUGGUGCGGCUGCUGCUGAAUGCUUCUGCGGGCUGGAAGAGCAUGCGCAUGGUGCGCAAUGAGGAUGCGGUGGUGACGGGGCUGGUGGCGGCGGUGCAGGAGUGGAACGCGGAGAGCUGCCUGCUGCGGCGCUUUGAUCGCGUGGUGCAGUCGGAAUAUGAGCGGUCGUUGAAGGACGUCAACCCAGUUCACGCAGCCACACAAGACACGGCUGGGGACCAGCAAGAGCAGGCGGACCAGCAACAAACACAACAUCACCGGGGAUCGGCGAAGUCAAGGCAGUCCUCUAACCGAAGCUCAUCAACGAAGAGCGCUAGCAUCCCGCGAAGGGGCCUACUCGGCCGGCCUUUAGCUGCUGCGGCAUGGGGCCCUGGAGGCCGGCGGGCGACACUGGGGUCGACAAGAUCCGCAAGCACUGCUGGCAGCGGCAGCAGCCACGGCGGCGGUGAAGUGGACAUUGGCAAGGAGUACGCGGUUGAUGGGGACUAUAGCGGCGACGAUGAAGGUGGAGAAACAGAAGCAGAGGAGGAUGUGCAGGACAUGGGCGCUGACGGCGAUGAUGAUACUGAUGACGGUGGGGAGGCUAAUUUAACGACAGAAGCUGCAGAAGGCGCUGGAAAUGGUACGAACACAACAAAGCCGUCGUACAUGAUUGCGAACAACAUCAUUUCCCUCGCCCGGCUUUGGGCGCUGGAGACCGAUGGCUGUCGGCGCACCAACGUGCUUUUCAAGUUUGUGGACGGUGACUUCAACGACAUGCCGUACCACGGACAGUUGCACACCAUUUUCCGUACUGGUGUAUUGGUGGGGGUGCACGGCGCCGGUUUGACGCACGGAUUCUUCAUGCCUCCGGGCCAGAGUGCUGUGCUACAGCUGCUGGGAGAGUCCUUCUCCAAGGUGGCCGCCAACAACGUCUUCCGCAACAUGGCUGCCGGGCUGGGCAACUACUACGAGGACGUGCUGUACUCGGGGGUGGAUGUAGACGUUGAGAAGCUGAAGGAGGCCGUCAAGCGGGCAAUGGACGCCGUCGCGCGCACUACCAUGGAGGCCCAGAUGCGUCGCUCUGGGGCCCUCCGACUGGUGCUAGUGGACCAGAGCCACUUCUCGGUGGUGGCGCCCUCGCCGGAGCAGUGCCCUGCGGCGUCACCCUAGAGCACCAGCAACUCGACACAGACCCUAACUAGCGGUUUGGCGUAGUAGGAUAGCCGCCUCUUGGCGUGUGCAUUCUCAUAACAUACAAGGAUAUUAGGGGCAUCAAAUAUACACAUGCGACCAUAAGCUUAGAAUAGGCCAAUGAGCACCAAUGUAUGUGGCUUAGGCCCUAUGAUGCUGCCAAGGAUCACCGUGUCAAUGAAGAGAUUGAGGAGCCGUGCGAUGCUGCAGAACAAGAGGGUCUGGUAUGUCAUGCAGUGAUGGGCAAUUGGUAUUGAGAUGACUUGUGAGACGCUUCGGACG